CAAUAUUCAAAAAUGGAACGAGCCAGGCUAGCUAUUGAAUUGCCGAACUGUUUUUGUAAUGUCCCGGCCUCGUCGGUAUACUCGGAGGAAUUUGGUCUACUGUAUGAAUGUCAUUACCGCCACGCUAACCCGUGGCAAAAGGUAGUAGACCAGCAAAUCAGAGAAAGUAACCACGACUGUUCUAAUAAAGGGGAGGAAGGAGCAAAAGUCGAAGCCGAUUCGUCCAGCAUUCUUCAUACAUGCUCUCUCAGUUCUGGCUGCUCAAAUGGGAUAUGUGGGUUCCACGUUCACAAAAAGCCAUGGGAUAAAAUAUGGGAUAGAUUAACGCGAACGGGGCAUGUAUUUUCACACGACGAGGAAUUAUCAAUCUGUCCCUUUUUCAAUUUUACGUACUGCGAACUGCAAAAGAAAGCUGCAAACUCAUGUUCUGUUGUGCCAAUUAUCACAUCAGUGGCGCCCGACCAAAGUGUACUUGGCAUCUCAAACGAUUCGUCAUUGGUUGAUCAAAUCUCGGUCGCUAUUAACAAUGAACCUGUAUUUGAUCGAGAGCAAGCUGCGACAUCAUCAUCCAACAUCAACAAAUUAAAUAGUAAAGUGGAUCAAAAGCAGAGUGAAAACGAUUUUGACGGUAAUUCCAUAUUCAUGGAACCACAGUCAAUUAUCCUGGCAUCAUACAACACGUUUUCUCAGACAACGCCGGCUUUCAUAAAUAAAGAGCUCCAAUUCCACACAUUUGAUAAAUAUGAGCAACUUGUAGCAGAAAACGAGAAGCUUCGUAAGGCAAUUAAUGAAUUGGAAUCUAAAAUCUUGGCCUUGCAAGACAAAUUCGAUGAUGUGAAUCGACAUGAAUCGCAAAUCGAUCAAGAGAAUCGGCUUUUGAGAAAGCAUUGUUCACAAAUCCUAAACAUAAAAGAGGUUGAACAACGACUUCGCCAAUCGUGUCAAAAGAAAAAUGACGAACUCGCGACCGAUAUUCAAGAAUUCAAAGAAAAGAUUGCCACGCUCCGGCAACAAGUCGAAAGUCUUCAAGAAGAAAAUCUCAAUUCAAAUGUCAAAUGUCGGGUUUGCUAUGCUGGAACAAUAACUCAUGCCAUACUUCCUU